AUGGAGCACUACCGGAAAGCUGGCUCUGUAGAGCUCCCAGCACCUUCUCCAAUGCCCCAGCUACCUCCUGAUACCCUGGAGAUGCGGGUCCGAGAUGGCAGCAAAAUUCGAAACCUGCUGGGACUGGCACUGGGUCGAUUGGAGGGAGGCAGUGCACGACAUGUGGUGUUCUCAGGUUCUGGCCGGGCUGCAGGGAAGGCUGUCAGCUGCGCAGAGAUUGUCAAACGACGGGUACCAGGCCUGCACCAGCUUACCAAACUGCGUUUCCUGCAGACUGAGGACAGCUGGGUCCCAAAUUCACCUGACACAGGCCUAGACCCCCUCACAGUACGUCGCAAUGUGCCUGCAGUGUGGGUACUGCUCAGCCGGGACCCCCUGGACCCUAGUGAGUGUGGCUACCAGCCCCCAGGGGCACCCCCUGGCCUGGGCUCCAUGCCCAGCUCCAGUUGUGGCCCCCGACCUCGAAGAAGGCCUCGAGACACCCGGUCCUGAAUAUUUGCUGAACCAGGCUGUUCUCUAGACCUGGACAUCUGAGAUGGCUGUGCCUUUUCUGAGAACCCCUUGUGACUGCUCAACAUUCCUAACAAAGCUUGAAUCCACAGAAGUCCUGCUGCCCCUUCCCUCUGGCCUGUGGGAAAGAACUACUAUGAAGAAUGCCAUUUGUGGGGUCUCUCCUGAUUUCUGGAUUGUUUGAGAAGGGCUUCACAUUCAGCCUACAGUACAUCUGAUCUUCCUCCUAAUAGAGGUCCAAGGAUAGAGUUAGGAAAUAAAGGUUCUGCCCAUUUGUCAUAUGAGCCUUGGCCUGCUGUGUGGAAGUGGGAGAAAAGGAGUGGAAGUCCCUGCCUGCCUUUUGCCCCCUGAGAGCUAAUGAACUGAAGAUAGAGGAAGGGUAGGCUCAGGAUGGUGUUGGGAGGAUUUAGUCAAUGAGAAUACUGAAGCAGUGACCUGAAUCUGUGUAAGCCUUUGGGUGACUGUUUGCCACCCACUUUGAACUAAUUUAGGAAGUUCGAAAGCUCAGAUAUUUCUCCCCAUCUGUGGCAUAUGUUACAGUGGGCUCAUGGACUCAGGCACCAGCUUGUCUGGGUUUGAAUCCUUGUUCUGCCACUUGAAACUUAACUACCUUUUGACCUUGGACAAGUUACUGUUGUGUGCUUUGGUGUUCUCAUCCACAAAAUGGGGACAUAAUAGUGUUUACCUCAUAGGGUUGUUAUGAGAAUUAAAUAAAGAGAUAUACAUAUGACACUUAGAUAACACUCGAGCAGCUAGUGCUAUAUAAAUGUUAACUAUUAAUAUAAUUUUCUCGGUUUGUAAGUAUGCUCUUUCCUGAGGUAUUCUUAAAAAAUACCUCAGUUUCACAUCUUUCUUUAAGUCUCAUACUUGCCUUUUUACCCUUUCCCAUUCUUUUUCUGCCUCACCUUGACCUUUGACUCAGACUCACCAUGGUGAGAUCAGGGAGAUGAAAGAGAUGAAGGUUCUAUCAGUAGACAGGGGGCUAUGGGCAUUAGGGCAGGAUUGUGGGUAGUGGUCGGCUCCAAAGAAUUGAAUCAGUUGGGUUUCCCAUAGAUCUUGAGAUUUUCUCCAAUUGUCCAGCAGCUUGGGUGUGCAGUCAUAAGGAAAGCAGAAAUUUGGGAGUCUUGUGAGCUCAUAUUAUAGUAGGAAUUUGAGGGUGUUGAAAUAAUUUUCUGAUACCAGGCACGUGGGAUUGUAGACCUUAAUAAGGAGGGAUAAGGUCACCAGAAAGCCAGCAGACCGUGGUCAGAACUUUAAAUACUGCAUCCUUUGCCUUCCAAGAUAGAUGAUCCCUGCAUGAUGUGAGGAUCCUGGUUGAGGAGCAGGUCAUAAGAAUUCCAGGAAUAUGAAGAGAGAAAACCUCUGGCUGCCCCAUCAGUCCCUUCAGAUGCAUGGAGUCAUGAAGCAUGUCACCCCUGAAAUUGAUUAUGACUGCUGUAGUGAUUCAGAUGUCUUGCAGACAGCCACUGGCAGACCAUUCUCCUUUCAUCUAAAUUUUCUUGAGGGGUGCAGUGAUGCACACCUGUAAUCCUCCAGAGACCGAGGCAGGAGGAUCAUGAGUUCAAAGCCAGCCUUAGCAACAGCGAGGUGCUAAGCAACUCAGUGAGACCCUGCCUCUAAAUA